AGGGUGGGCGGGGAUUACACAGCCCCCUGUACCUGCUUUUUCGGAGAGUGCUGAGAAGCUGUGAUCUGCUCCGAGGACCCAGCAGUGGACACAGUGGACACAGGCAGCCAUGCAGAGUCGACCUGUCCGGUGAGAUGGAGCAGAACCCGGCUGAGGAUGACUGCGCAGACUCCGGAGCGGAGACCGCCGGGUCAGACUACAGCCCCAUGUCAUCUGCAAGCAGUGAUUUGUCCAUGGGGGACCUACAGGACCCCUUCCUUGUGUCCAUCCACAUCAUCGCAGACCCAGGUCAAGCCAGGACACUUCAGCGUGCCGCCGACCAAGUCCUGUCUUGGCUCCACCCGGAGCUCACUCUCUUCAGGGUGUCUGAGCGUGCCGCCGGGCCGCCCAGGAGGUCCAAGCUCCGGCUGGACGCUCCCUCGCCCCAGCCGGCCUUGGCCGUCAUCCUCUUCCUGCAGGAGGACUAUGGCGGCGAGGAGAACCAGGAGCGCCUCCACGGUCAUCUGAGACGACCACCGUGGCGCUACCACCACACUGAGCGAGUGAACGGCCGCGGCCUUUUGCCCCUUUCGUCUGCCAGCCAGGACUUCUUUACUCUGGCCCCCGGCACGCCACUGUGGGCCCUCCGGCAGGUCCACUACGGCAAGGAGAUCGUCCGCUUCACCAUAUACUGUCGGCACGAAACCUACAGUGAGCAGGUGCAGCUAUACAGGCUGCUGAUGCGCCGCAGGCUCGCCCAGAGGAAGGAGGACUUCUGCUUCUGCGUGGUCUUCUCCAACCGCGACACGGAAAUCCAGCUGUCCUUCAAACGGCUGCCGCGGGGACAGAAACCCACCCCCACAGAAUGCGCCAUAAUGGAGAUACGCGUGAGGGACGUGGGGGGGCUUGUACCGCUGCUGCCCCAUCCCUGUACGCCCAUCAGCGACAUACGCUGGCAGACAGAGGACUACGAUGGGAACAGGAUACUGCUGCAGGUUCAGGGCUCCUGGAAGCAGCACAGACACACCAUCGCUCACUUCUCUCGCAUCCCUGCUGACUCUUCUCCCAUCCCCUGCCCUCCCACCUCGGAGCCCCCCCACUGCCCGCCAUCUUACGGCCGAGGCCCCGCCUCCUAUCGGAACCGCCGCCACCGGACCUCGUCCCGCUCGCGCAGUCAGAACGCCUCUUCUCCGUGCGCGCCGCGGGCUUCGCUAACUUCCCUGCCUCUGCUGUGUGAGCAGGAGGAUCUGGAGGGUGUCCAGGACAGCUCGGAAGACGUGAUGCCCAGAUGGAUGGGCCUCCGCUCACGCUCCACCUUCUCCCUACCAACCGAAGGCUUUGGUUCUGGGUGCGUCUCACCUUCUGCACCUCGCCCCCGAAGCUUGUCCUCGCUUGCUGCUCCUGUGUUCCGCAUCAACGUGGAUGCGCUGGUGGGAGCCGAGGAGACGGACGUGGACACCGGCCAGGCGGUGAGCAGCAGCUCUGUGGAUCUGUCAGUGGUUUCGGCGUACUCACACCCACAGAUGCGGGCGCCUUCCAAAGCUUACGUCCUGCAGCCUGUCUCCACCCCCCUACAGGACGGAGGUCCUGGCUUCAUGACGCUGUCUGACGACAAAACCUAUUUGUCCCUAAAACGACAUCCCAUCCCACCCAGAACCAGCAGCAUCUCUUCAAGGAGCAUGAAUUCUUCUGUUCACGAGCCGCUCGCCAAGAAUACAGGCGCGUCGCAGGGCCAGGGCCAUGUAGCGCCGGACGCUGAGCAGCAUCAGAGCAACGGCACAGAAACAACAGAUGUCUGCAGAGACGGCGCAGAGGAGGACGAGCAGGAGUUCUACAUCUGAUGCACAAUCACUGUCGGAGAUGAUGGAGGAGGCGGGACUGAUAAAGUUAGCGUGUCAGAGAUUCAGGAUUCUGUCGACUACAAACCAGUGGAGCAACAACGUCCGCCACCUGGAUUUGAGAAUUCAGGACCCAUUGGGCCUCAUUCACCAACCGUCCUUAGGAAGAACUGUCUUCUUAAAACCCAGUUUGGGUGUGUUUACACUGAGGUUUGGCCUCAUCCUGAUGCUCAACAUGCAUGAAGUGACCAGGUGUAAAUGGGGUUUAUGACACAUCAGUGGUCUUUUUUUAUGCUGCACCCACCGCAAGUCAAAAUUGCUGUUUACAUGUUCUCAUGAUUGCGUAAGUAGGCCCAAGUGAUGUUCCGGGACUGUCUGUCGGUGGUUCAGAAGGCUGCUGGCAAAAUGAAUGUGAAAUGUUUGUUUACCUUGAAAAACAAUUCACUCAUAUGCAUAAAGUUCACAUAUAUCCCAAAAUCUGUUUCUGAGAAAAGGCACUAAUUAAGCUCUGCCUACAAAAAGUACAUUUCUAUGGAUUUUGCAUUUUGUCAAUACCAAAAAUAGUCCUACAAAGUCAUAUAUGUCAUACAUUAUUAUUACUUUUACCUGUGCAGUUUCUGAAAAUAAAGCCACAAUGUGUAAUAUUUCAGAUUUCAGAGUGGAGAACGGCCUCAUCUGGAUAAACAAAUCAGGACUUAAAGGAAACACAGGAACACGGAUGCAGAGCACCAAGAGCUGGCUUAAGUAUUAAUAGCACCACACUGUGGAGAACCUUCAGCCUGCUAAACAUGAGUGAGUGAGUUCUGUAAACCUGGGCUCGUAUUACAGAAACAUCUUAACUCUGAACUGAGCUGUUUGGUCUCCAUGACGACUUCAGUACUGAGUUUAUUUCAGCAUCUAUUCCAGAAUAUCAGCUCCUCCCUUCAUCAUCUCAUCAUUAACUCCAGAUCAGAAAACAGCAUCACACAAACAUCCUGACUAGACUAAACCUCCUAAAUCCUGUCCUAACUUCAGGAUGAA